UCGACGGGGAAGGUAUGGCGCUCGGAGUGUUGUGGUUCAUCGCCAACCUGUUUAGUUUAGUUCAUUUAUCACCGUUCAUUUUACCCGCAGAGGAAUAUCAAUUCAAACAGUGGACGUUACAGUACAACAACGUUUAUGACGCCGAGGAGUAUUACCACCGGCUUCGCAUAUUCACUGAGAAUAAGAGGGAAAUUGAUCAUCAUAAUGCUGGGAAUCACUCGUUCACAAUGGGCUUGAAUCAGUUCUCAGACAUGACAUUUGAGGAAUUCAGGAAAUCAUUUCUUUUGACAGAGCCUCAGAACUGCUCAGCUACUAAAGGGGGUCAUUUCAGCAGGGCUGGUCCUUAUCCUGAGUCCGUAGACUGGAGGAUGAAGGGCAACGUUGUCACUCCCGUGAAGAACCAGGGUCCCUGUGGAAGCUGUUGGACCUUCUCCACUACCGGCUGUUUGGAGUCAGUGACUGCUAUCGCUACCGGGAAGCUAAUACCUCUGUCUGAGCAGCAGCUGAUAGAUUGUGCCGAAGACUUCAACAAUCAUGGAUGCAUGGGUGGCCUCCCCAGCCAGGCAUUUGAGUACAUCAAAUACAACAACGGCCUUAUGACAGAGGAGGACUAUCCCUACAAAGGACAUGAUGACACUUGCCAUUUUGAGCCUGCACUUGCAGCUGCUUUUGUCCUGGAUGUUAUCAACAUAACAAGUUGUGAUGAAAAGGCCAUGGUUGAUGCUGUGGCCCGGCUCAACCCUGUGUCCUUUGGCUUUGAGGUUGUGGCUGACUUUAUGCACUACAAAGAAGGUGUUUACACCAGCACCCAGUGUAAGAACACAGCAGACAUGGUGAAUCAUGCGGUCCUGGCUGUGGGUUACGGUGCUGAAGAGACCGGCACGCCGUAUUGGAUUGUGAAGAACUCUUGGAGCACCGGUUGGGGAAUGGACGGAUAUUUUAUGAUCGAGCGAGGAAAAAACAUGUGCGGACUUGCUGCAUGCGCUUCCUACCCUCUACCUUUAGCUUGAGGACUAAAAUAGCAACUAAGUGGAGGAAUGAUAAGACUCAGGAAAAUGUAACCCAGAGACAACAUACAUGGAGUGAGCGGGAUGGAAAAUCAGUGCUUUCAUGCUCAUUAUGUACAUGUCAUGUAAACUAUUGUGUCACACUCUCAACUUUGCUGUGUGGUUUAUUUGCUUUUACUUAUUUAAAGAUUGGAAGUUUUCAUCUAAUAUCUUUAGAUGAUAUAAAAGUUUGCCUGUACUGGUGCUUGCACCAUGCAGUACUUUUUUUAAGGAACGGCAGUGGGGGGGAAAAAAACAGGAGAAGCAACCAUCUUACCAACAUUAUCAGUAAUGUGACAUGCAUGGUGUUAUGCUGAGACAUAGCAUUCCUGUAGAUCAAUGAUAUCAUGUUAUGGCAGAUCUUACACGGGCAAUUUAAUACAUUUUUCAGUGAAAGGCCACUUUAUGGCCCCAUAAAGACAAAAUCAUGUGUGAAAAUAUCUCUUCAAAGACAAGGACAAGCUGCUUCCUUGACCUCCACAGUUCUUCUCUGACCUCAUUAGCUAACUUGAUAGAUGGUCAUGCACAAAAUGCACAUUAAGGAGUCAGCAACUGUUUGUUUCCAUUUCUACAUGUUUUAUUAAUAAAGAAUUC